GCUCCGCUCCCUGCGCACCGGCGGGCGCAGCGCCGGGCAGGGCAGCGCCCAUGGGCUGCGGCAACUCCACGGCCGGCGGCGCGGGCGGGCGAGGUGCUACAGGGACUACUAAAGAUGUAGCGGAAGAAUCUGUAUCAGAUGAUGACAAAAGGAGGAACUAUGGAGGUGUCUAUGUUGGCCUGCCGUCGGAAGCAGCUGCCAUGGUUUCCAGUCAGACGAAAGCUGCACCGAAAGAUUAGAAGGAAAUAAAGACAUCAAGAUGCAAACAGCUGGAGUCUGCUAAGACCAGUUGCCAGUGCUUUAGAGAGAGCUGUCUUUGUGCUGAAGAUUUUUAUAUUUACGUAGCCUUCUGGAGAGCAAGAGAGAUCAGAGCACCAAAAAAUCUAAACUGUUGCAAGUUCCAACUACGGGUAAAGCUUAAAGUACAGCGUGGCAUCAGUUUCCUAUGAUGGUUGCAUUAUGGAAACCUCCUCCUGUUCUCCAGUGAAAAAGGAAAUUGGUGAACUCAUGGUGGAUGUUUCUGCACAAGAGCUAACUUUGAUGAUCUGCAACUUAUUUCUCUGUGGCCAUAUUGCAGAUUUCAUCAGCUAUCAGCUACGCUUCAUAUAUUUUCUCCAACAAUUUUUGAUAGAUUUUAUAUAGAAAACCAUCACUACGGUCCACUCAAUAGUUCCUAUGGUAGGUUCCUGUAAAUUAAUUGUUAAUUUAAUUCAGAGUAAUAUAUUUGACAGGUUUGCAUCUUUUUGGUAAUAUUGCAAAUUUUAAUACUUAUGCUGUGAAAACUUAAGAAUACGAUGAAAUAAGCAUAAGAUCAUCAGGUUCUAUAUAAUUACUGCUGUCACUUUUAUACAAUGAGACAAUAUUAGUGUUUAGUUUUCACCAUUUAAAAAGAUAUUGCUCAAGGAAAUUUAUUUCAAUAAGAACAAUGUACUUCAUCAUAAUAUUUACAUGUCUGUUUAUAUUUUUCUUCAGCUAUAUCUCUUUUAUAAAACACUACAUGUAAAAAAAUACUAAUGAACUGAAUUAUUAUGUUAUGUGUUCUAUUUCAUGUAAUAUUAUAAGACAUGUCCUUACAUAAGGAUGAAGUGAUAAUAUUUUCAGAGGUGGCAGGACUAAACUCCAGUGCUGUAUCCUCCUGAAUUUCAGAGGAUUUUUGAUCACUAUUAGAUUUUUGUAUCCCUGACUCAUCCAUAAGCAUCUCCAUCAUUGAAACAGAAUGAGUGUUAUUAUUACUUUAGCAAAUUUUUGAGGGUUUAAAGUUCAUUAAGUUAAUAGCAACUGUAAGUUUUCCAGAUAACAUAAAACAGAUUGUACAUUUCCAUAUGGCUGAACAAGUAUUUAAAUUAUUAAAGCCUUUUGCAUAGUUCUUUAGUAAAAUUUUUUAAUGGGACAUGAUAUGCCAUACGCUUUAAACAAACAAAUAAACAAAAAAGCCCAACUCACACCACAUUAAUGUAUUACUGUAGAUCAAUGACCACUUUUAAAAUUAGAAGAAAAAGAGCCAACCAGAAAAUUUGGACAUGAAGAAGUAAACCACCGUGAACCAUGAAAUUCCUGCCCAUUUAACUGAUACCUGUCAUGACCAAUGAACAAGGUUUGACUAUGAUAUCCAGUAACUUGCAGCUUUGACUUUUACAUAGAGGUAGUUUGAUGUGAGGCUUGCAAAAAAAGAUCCUUGCUUGUCCUUUUUU